AUGCCAAUAGUUAAAAAUUUAGCUACUAGUGCAGGACAAGAGGCAGUUAAUGUUGGAAAAAAUGUGCUUGAAGAUGUUUCACAAGGUCGAUCCGUUAGUGAUGCCUUGAAGCAGCAUGGUAGCGAAGGCCUUCAAAAAGUUGGGAAAAAGCUCCAGCAAUGCGGAAAAGGUAAAAGGAAACGUAAGCCAAAACUUAUUACAGAAAAAAUAGAGAAAAAAGGACGCCGCUAUAGGGAUCAACUUAGUUUAGACAAUUUCUGA